GGGCGACCCCAUUUCCCGUAUCCCAAGAAACGCCACUUUUUCUCUUGCUUGCAGUUGACUGCCUGCUGCUUCCAAGAUCAUGCUGCUGCUUGAAUAAUUCUCUCUCUUUUUCUACAACCACUGCAUAAAUAAAUAGCACCAAUUCGCAUCAUUUUAGUGUACGGGUGGUUCAUUAAGAUACGAGGCCGCCACCACCCCAUAUAAAAUGAUAUGUCAAAAUUAUUAAAUCAGAGACAAAAACACGGGCUGGUGCUGAGCUAAACUCACUCCAAUUCCAUGGCUUAUUACCAUAGUAGUAGUAGUAGUAACCUCUCUUCCCUAGGCUGGGAUCUUCAAAACUUUGGAGUUCUCAACGCAGACAUGUCUUUAGCCAUGGAUAGAAGAGCUUCGCCGUUUUUCUCUUCUCUAGAGUCUGAUUUCUCGACCGGGUACCUAGAAGAUGCUUUGCUUGAAUUUAAUGAGCGAUCCAAACGAAGACGCUUGCUGCUGUUCUCUACUGAGCAUGAUCGUGGCCAUGAUCAAUACGAAAAAUCAAAUGACCAGCUACCUGAGAGCAACUGGAAUGAAGAAAACUUUGACGACUGGGAAUUGAUGUCAGAGAAUUUUAGUUGCUUGAGCCACAUUACUGGUAUUCGUGGAACUUCAGGUGCAUAUUUGCCUAGAUUUUUGUACAGGUUCUUAAUUAUGGAUCAAUAAUUCUAAGUAUCCUAAUUAAUUGUUAUGGGGGAUUUAACUUGUUUCUCUUCACUAAUAUUGUAGAUGAGCCAUGACCACGUCGAUGAGCAAUACUAGCGAGGAAGCAAAUGUCAUAUCGGAGAUAAAAACACCAGAAGAGGAAAUAUCAGCCCCUGAAACUCUUGAUUAUUCAUCAUCAUCUUCUUACAAAGAUUUGGCUGGCACAAACUCCAUUUUUGAAAAAGACAACAUCCCUCACUCUUCUGAUGAUGACGGGGAGAAGAGAAAGAGGAGGGUGGGAACAAGGGUGGUGUAUCCAUUUGCACUAGUGAAGCAGGAGGUUUAGAAGGGGACAUGACCAUAAACGAUAUCAAUGAGAGGAUCUUAAUGCCACCGACAAGGCCGGUAAGACAUCCGGUAGGGGAUUUUGCUUGUAAGCCAUGUGUAUCUGCUGAUGGCCCGGUCUUUCUGGAAAGCUGUGGUGGCCCUUACAAGAGUCCACACGCAAGGGAGAGGCACAAUCACUAUUAUUAGAACCAAAGGUUAAAAAUAUUGGUGGCUGGUACUGCUGCUCAUUUCUGUGCUUAGUUCAUGCGUUGUCCGUUUGAAUUGUAUAGAAAGUGAUAUGCUUGUAAAAUGGUUUACUUUUACAGAGUUAUAGUCAGUUGUUUUAUAUA